AACCCGAGAGUGAGAGAGAGACUCCUUGACUCCCUUCUCAGUAAAAUUUCGUUCACUUCAGUCGCUCGUCCGAAUCUCGUUUUGGCUCGUGUAAAGUUUCACUCUUUAAUAGUAAAAGUGUUUGGGGAAAAAAUGGCAAAAUUCACUUGUUCGAUCGUCGUUGUUAUGGCUAUCAUGGCCACCACAGCGUCUGCAUUAACCUGUUACUCCUGUAACAGCAAGGACAGUGUCGCUUGCAAAUGGGGGCUAACUUCAUUCACCUAUAACACAGAAGAGUGUGGCAGUAUAGGCAUUUUGGACAGCAUUGGUGCUGGAGCUAAAUGCUACAAAAUCACCGCUAAAAAUCACCAGGGUGACGAAUACGUCGCUCGUGGUUGUCAAAGCGCCCCAGCAUUCGGUUGUAACGCAAUCGCGUCCACCAUCGGAUGGGUGUCCGGUCAAAGUAGUUCCGAUCCGAACGCGGUGAGCGACAUCUCGUGCGAAACCUGCGACAAGGAGAAGUGCAACUCGGCCCCCAAGAUCACCGGAUUCACCCUCCUCGGACUUUUAUUGGCCGCUUUUGCAUUUUUAUUUUAAAAUUUCAUCCGUCUUUUUUUUAAUUGUGUUUUUAGGUAUUUUAGUCGGUUUUACAAAAUUACCCCAUUCUGUAAUAAGUUGUAAAAACGUCAUAAAAAUGUGUUAUUUUUAUAUACAUUUUGUCACUUUAUAUACAAUAAUUGCCUUUUAACAUUUUUCUUACAUAAUAUUUAAACUUGUUUAUUGGUCGUGCCUGAAGCGACUAUUGUUAUACCCCAAAGAUAUUUUUUAUACGAAUUAUUUGUAUUUUUUUUCUUAGUUUUUAAGUUUUUAUUUUACACAUUAAUCUUUCUAAGCGAAUAUUUAUAUGACAACAAUAUUAAUUUUUUAAUAAACAAAGAAAAUGUUGCAACAAUAUAAUUAUUGUGAAAAAAAAUAGUAGUUUGUAGUUUGGCCUAUAGUAAUAAUAUCGCAAAUUCUUAUAUUAUAUUUAUUGUAAAGUGUAUUUUUGUGUAAUAUGUAUUUUAAAUAUAAUAGAUCUAGGAUGUACGUAAAAUA